GAGGGACCGUCUGUCGCGGGACAGGCUGGCCAGCUCGGGCGCUGAGAGGAGGAGGCAGGGGCUGAGGCAGCAGCGGCAGCAGUGCUCAGAGCGGCGGCAGGAGCAGUAGCAGCAGAAACAAGUACCAGCCAGACAACAGCUCCUCCAGCUCCCUCCAGCAAGCCACAGUCAGUCCUCUAGCCGCGAUGGCGCUGCCAAGCCCGGCGAGCGAGGAAGCUGAGGGGCCCUGUCAGGAGGCAAACCAGGAAUAUCAGGAGCCAGUGUGUAGUCCUGUGCCCGAGCCGGAGCCAGAACCAGAGCCCGAACCGGAGCCUGAGCCCGAGCCGAUGCCAGUGCCCCCGCCCGAGCCUCAGCCUGAGCCUGAGCCCCAGCCCCUACCCGACCCUGCACCCCUGCCGGAGCUGGGCUUUGAGGCUGAGCCAGUGCAAGAACCCGAGCCCACGCCCACUGUGGAGACCCGAGGCACUGCGCGUGGCUUUCAGCCUCCCGAAGGUGGCUUCGGCUGGAUAGUGGUGUUUGCAGCCACCUGGUGCAACGGCUCCAUCUUCGGCAUCCAUAACUCUGUUGGUAUCCUCUACACCAUGCUACUAGAGGAGGAAAAAGAGAAAAAUCGCCAAGUGGAGUUCCAAGCAGCAUGGGUCGGAGCCCUUGCCAUGGGCAUGAUCUUCUUCUGUUCUCCCAUUGUGAGUAUAUUCACUGACCGUUUGGGUUGCCGAAUCACAGCCACCACCGGGGCUGCUGUUGCUUUCAUUGGCCUCCACACCAGCUCCUUCACCAGCUCCCUAAGUCUGCGCUACUUCACCUAUGGGAUUCUGUUUGGUUGUGGCUGCUCAUUCGCCUUUCAACCAUCACUCGUCAUCCUGGGCCACUACUUUCAACGUCGCCUAGGUCUAGCCAAUGGUGUGGUGUCUGCUGGAAGUAGCAUCUUCUCCAUGUCUUUUCCCUUCCUCAUCAAAAUGCUGGGGGAUAAAAUCAAGCUGGCCCAAACCUUCCAGGUGCUGAGUACCUUCAUGUUUGUUCUUACGCUGCUCUCACUCACCUACCGGCCCCUCCUGCCCAGCUCCCAGGACACCCCAAGCAAGAGAGGUGCCCACACCCUGCGACAGCGCUUUCUGGUUCAGUUCAGAAAGUACUUCAACAUGCGUGUAUUCCGCCAGCGCACCUACCGUAUCUGGGCCUUUGGGAUCGCUGCUGCUGCCCUUGGUUACUUCGUCCCCUACGUACAUCUGAUGAAGUAUGUGGAAGAUAAGUUCAAGGAGAUCAAGGAGACCUGGGUGCUCUUGGUGUGUAUUGGGGCUACUUCAGGCCUCGGACGUCUUGUCUCAGGCCACAUCAGUGACUCUAUCCCUGGACUUAAGAAGAUAUAUUUGCAGGUCCUCUCAUUCCUGCUUCUGGGCUUGAUGUCCAUGAUGAUCCCCUUAUGCCGGGACUUCGGGGGCCUUAUCGUUGUCUGCCUCUUCCUGGGCCUAUGUGAUGGUUUCUUCAUCACCAUCAUGGCUCCCAUUGCAUUUGAGCUGGUGGGACCCAUGCAGGCCUCACAGGCCAUUGGCUACCUCCUAGGCAUGAUGGCCCUGCCCAUGAUUGCUGGGCCCCCCAUUGCAGGCCUCCUUCGAAACUGCUUUGGUGACUACCAUGUGGCCUUCUACUUUGCGGGUGUGCCCCCAAUCAUUGGGGCUGUGAUCCUUUUCUUCGUCCCCCUGAUGCAUCAAAGGAUGUUUAAGAAAGAGCAGAGAGAUUCCAGCAAGGAUAAAAUGCUGUCCCAUGACCCAGACCCCAACGGAGAACUGCUGCCAGGCUCCCCAACUCCUGAAGAGCCCAUUUAAUGCCUCUGUCUUGCCAUUGUGUGAUCCUCCCCCACCCCCACCCCACCCCUCAUCCUACCCUGCUCAGCAUUUACAUUUUUGCCACCAGCACACUUGUUCCCAAACCUGUGCACACAGCGUUUCAGCCACCUGACCAUCUCCUCUGAGCCAAUGCUCUAGGUGUUCCAAACUCAUUAACCGAAUUCUCCCCAUGAAUGCCUUGAAACUUGCCAGGCUCUUCUCCUAGGAUCUGGGAAAGUGUGGAUCACCCCCUGGCCUUUGGGUCCUCCCCCAUAUACUUUCUAAUUCUUUGGGAGGAGGACAGGGAUGGGACCUCUGGCCCCAGCUUGUUAGUCACCCACUACAAUCAACUGCCAAAGGUGCUACUGUGUCCCCAGAACCCAGUGGGAGAGACCCAAGCCUCUAUUUGCUGAGAAAUUUGUUGCCAUCCAUCCUUGGGAGCCAUUUGGGAGUUGCGGGAAGGAAGGCCAAAGGAGACCAGGAGCCUUGUUUUGCAUCAAAGCUCCUGAGGGCUCUGCGCCAUCCCAUCAUAUGGUUGGUUAACCGUCUGCUUCCCUUUUCCUUUCCUAUUAUUUUCUCUCUACUGCCUCCUCUCCAUUUUCUUCCCCUCUAUUCCUUUUUAUUGUUGUCAUAGACACAUAGGUGCUUGGAAAAAGGAAGGACCCAGAGCUUGGGCCAAUCCACUUCAUUUUGGCCCAGAGCAUCCCUAAUAUUAGCAUUAGUACUGCUUCAUCUCGGGCUGAGCUACAUCUCACUUCUGGGCUCAAACUGAUACAGACUGGAAGAGCAGGCUAUCACAUAGGGAUGGGAUCUUAAACACUACAGAGUUCCACGUACCACUCACUCAUUUUGACAGAUUAACCAAGAGGCCUUCCCAGUUCCCCAUCCUUGUAGCCACCUGUCAAAUGUGAAGAAAUGCCUCUCAUCUCAUCAAACACAGGAGGAAUGAUGACAGUGCACUGGCAUUGAGGGAGGUGCUAUGGUUAAUGACUUGGGGAAGGACCAACUCCUCCAUCUCUCAUUUUUCAUAACAGGUCAAUAUUUCCACCUGGGCCAGGCCAAGAAUCGAACUGUUUUAGGAAAAAAACCUCAUUCUGUACCUGGAUCCCCAAAAGACAUAGGCAGCAACAUGGGUUGGACAAUUUCUUUUCAGAAGGGGAAGCCACCCUAGCCUUUACCACCUACCCAGUCUGUCCCCGAUUCUGGGCAUCCUGGACCACUCCACUGAGUGGGCAUUAUAGGUGCCAGAAAAAGUAGGCUCUGGACCACCAUCAUCCCUUUGAAGUUGGUGCCAGAUAAUUUCCUAUACCCAGGCUCUGGGCAACAGUCUUACUGAAGCACAUUCCAAGUGCCCCUGGCCAGAGGCAAAGGGCACUGCCAGCCUCGUCCAAUUGUACAGCUCACCUCAUUAGGAACUCAGCGUCUCUCCUCCCUGUCUCUGCCUGCCUGCCUCUCUCUCUCUCUCUCUCUCUCUCUCUCUCUCUCUCUCUGCCUUUGUUUAUUGUGUUCCUGUACCCAACCUUUCAUCAUCUUUUUGCCAGGCAUCCUGGCUGUUACUUGGACCCAACAAUAACUUGCCACCCCAAGCCAGGGUCAUCCCAAGGCCAGGAGGAUGAGGUUGCUCUGAGGGGCUCCAAAGAAUACAAUGGUCCCCACACAUGAGUUUUUCCGUUACUAACAGGCAGCUGGGGCAUAGUUGGCCUCUGAUGUUUCAUUCAAGGCCAAAGUCCUGAGCCCCCCUCUGCUGGUCCCAGUCCAGCUCUUAUCAACUCCCCAUAGAAAAACCCAUUGGUUCUUGGCUCUGAGGACAGGAAGGGGUGGAGCUACUGUCCUGUCAACUCAAGCAUCUGUGGAAGAGGAGAAGCUGGGCCCCAGGAGCCCUGUGACUCCCAGGAGAGGCCAUUGAGAAUACUGGAGCAACAAUGCCUCCGCUUGCAUUUCUCCUUGCCCCAACCCCUCCAGGCCACUUAGGAGGUAGGGGGCAGAAUAAGUGUGCAGGGCCUCCUUUGUUGCUCAUGGCUGGAUAGCUUUUAAGAGUCAGGCUGCCACUCACUUCUCUCCAGAUGAAGGAAAGACAUUCACGGGUCCCAGAUCUGCCCAUUCAGGUGUCACCUAACAUUGGCAGGGUGUGGAUUUACUUUUUUCACGAAUGUGUGUGCGCACGUGUGGGCUUGUGUGCUUUCCGAGAGAAUGUUGUUUGGCCAAAGCAGCACAGUAUUACUAAUUAGAGUAGGAAGCAGCCUCUUAGGCACCACAGUUAAAAACUAAAAGAGAACGAACAAAAUUUCAGAGCUUGAGACCUGGGACAUUUAAAUCCUCAAGGGGUUUGGAACAAAAUAAACAGACCUAAAUGUU